UCAAACAAUGCCUCCCACGGUCAUUAUAGUUCGCAUAGUCGCACCAGGACACGGCAAAAUUUGUUGUUUGUAAAACCACUGAGCCGUUUAUAAGCAAACGGAGCCCAAUCACACGGUUUUAAGAAUCCCCGCAAUGAGAGAAACUGUUUCCAGAGAAUUGUGCUGUUAAAAACCAGGCUUUUAAAGCAGUUUUGUCAAAAGUUUGUGCAUGUGUCAGAGGAUUAGGAGUAAUGUUACCAAACUUGAAAAUGGUGUGUAACUUACUCGUACUGCUGCUUGUGGUGAGUCCGCUAGUAGCGCACGGAGAUGAAAGUGGUACGGGGAGUUUUGGAGCGACAGCCGGGGGACGAGCGCGCCGGGCUGUCACCGAUCUGACACCGGAGCAGCAUCAGGCGUACGUCGCGAGGCACAACGAACUGAGAGGGGGAGUUUCACCCGCAGCCUCCAACAUGGAACACAUGGUUUACGAUGCCUUGCUGGCAGCCACGGCCCAGGAAUGGUCCCAGAAAUGCGACUUUCGCCACUCCCGCGACCAUCCUUCCAAGACCCUGACGCAGACCCAGCAAUACGGGGACAACUACGGCGAGAACCUGGCCGUGACCAGUAGCGUCGAACAACCGGACGUGAACGCCAUCUUGCAGGCGUGGUACGAUGAGGUGCAGUUCUUUGGGUAUGAUGACCUGAGCUGUGCGUCGGGUGAGCAGUGCGGACAUUAUACGCAGGCUGUUUGGGCUCAAUCCAAUGUUGUGGGGUGCGGCGUCCACCACUGCCCUGAUGGAGUAACUGACAGCGACACUCCUACCUACGUGUUUAGCGGUGUGGCAGCUUGGAUGAUCACGUGCCACUACGCUCCCGCAGGGAAUUAUCAAGGGGUAAAACCCUAUAUUUCAGGCCCAAGUUGUACCAAGUGUGAUUCCGGUCUCGGCUAUUGCAUCAAUAACAACUGUGCCUCAGUAUCUGUUUGCGCUGACGAAGGUGGUUGCGCAUGCAGAGCACAGUGCGUCAACUGUGGCACGCUCAACCAAGCUGAGUGUCGAUGCGAGUGUCUGUCUGGAUGGUCUGGUGCCGACUGCUCGAUCGAAUGCCGCGAUACAAUCAGCGAUUGUACAACAGUCGCCAUGUUCCCGAGCGUGAAUUGUCCAGCGUUUAACGACCAGUGUCCAGUAGCCUGCUCUGUAUGCUCCCCUCCGGCAGAUGACGCUUGUGAAGACCCGACUGAGUCCACAACCCCAUCGGGGUCGAACAACGGGGGUGGAGGGACACAAGGGGGCGCCAACACGGAUGGGCCUGCCCCAACAGCUGCAUCGUCAACGCCUGAGCCGUGUACCCUACAGUGUGCUAAUGGCGGCUCCCUGAAUUCUGCUGUUUGUAACUGCACGUGUGCCAGUGGAUACCAGGGAACAACCUGCCAGUUUCGCACAGCCCAAGUACUGUACAGCGUGGUGUUCCGCGUACGACACGAUAUUGCACUUUUCAGUACCGUGAGGUCUGCGUUACUGGGAAGUGUAGCAGACGCACUGAAUGCAUACUGUGCGUCGAGUGACAACUAUCGGCAGUGCUGUCCUGAUGUCACGGAUCCUGCAACAAACAGCACUGAACUGCCUGACUUCAUCGAAGAGAGCAACGUGUUGGUGGCGUCAGGGUACCCCACUCCAGAGACCAGCUCUAUAUAUAGAGUGGGCGUGGUCGCCUUGGACGUGCAAUCGCCGCUCUGUGUUGCACUGAGCGUCGGACAGAGAAAAAGGCGAAGCACUCAUCAAGAAGGAUCCGAACAACGGAGGUUUAGGCGUCAAUCAGACAACUAUUUGGAUCAAAACUUGCUGAGCUACGCCAUAGCUGGAUAUCUAACUAACAUCAGACAACAGCUCCUCGCGGUCGACAGUACCGCCGACAUUUUGUCGGCUGGACCUGGCGACACCGGCCCCACAACUUCGCCAGUGACUACGGCUACGCCUACAUCCUCCAAUGUAAUCAUCAUUGUGGCCGUAGUCGCAGGCGUUGCCGUGCUGCUGAUCAUCUUUUGCAUCUUCGGCUUUGCGUGUUUGGCUGGUUCCAGACAGAUGGCGGGCCCCAAGUAUGACGAUCCGCCUAGUUACCCCUAUGAGGAGAGGGAACCAGCCAGGCGAAGACCAGCCACGCUGGCUCCCGAGUACUUCGAUAACGAUCCAAUGUACCACCCGGCAGGGCACCGGUAUGAUUACGUCAGCCCCGCACGCGAGCCUGUAUUCAACGACCAGGAAUACGCCUACGCCUACGCCGAUGCCUACCCAGAAGCAACCUACGAGCGACGGCUAGGGUCCCCUCAAUCUAAUCUAUACGCUCUCGAUGAACUUUCCCCAGCAGGGCGUGACUAUUAUAUUUACUAAGGCUAUGGGUCCUACGCAUACUAUACGUUCUUACCUAGUACCUUAGGAACCUACAAAGCAAUGACACCAAAGAGUCUUUGUUUUGAAAAUUACAGUCUUGCUCCUUUUGCUCAGAUAAAUUGUACCCAAAACUGAUUCUUUCUCAGAAAUUCUAUAAGAAAAAACCUGCAACAUCCUUAAGGUUUCUUAUACUUGCAGGGUUUUCCUCAAAUCCUAAAGGAUCCUUUAGGUGAUACUAUAGGAUCCCUUAGAUUAAACCAUUGCUAUGACGUCACACUAUUGUUAAAAGUGUGGAUUCGGAACUACGAAUCUGUUACGCUGGUCA